AUGUCCACGCUCUCUUCUUCUACUACCAAUGACCACCAUCAGCAAAUAAUCCCGCAAACAUCACAGCAACAACAACCGCUUUAUCACCAUCCUCAUCAUCAUCAUUCAUCGCAUCGUUCAAGAACAUCGAAAGCUGCAUCAGCUUUGGCACUUGGGGCAACAGCAGUCCCCUAUUCACCAUAUACCAACAAUGACAUUCAACAGCAGCACUCUCAAGCGUCCACCUCUCGUCGCACAGGCUUGCAAUGUGCCAAUUGCCAAACUCAAAAUACAACUCUAUGGCGAAGAAAUACCGAUGGAGAACCUGUUUGUAAUGCUUGUGGCCUAUACUUUAAACUGCAUGGAAUUGCACGUCCGAUGAAUAUGGUUAAACCUGGUAUUCAAACAAGACGACGAAAACCAAAAUCUGGUACACCAAAAACAAAACAUGGCCAUAUUAAACAUGAAAAACAACCGUCAACAACACAUCAAGAUUAUCCAUCGUUACCAAUGAAUUCAAAAGUGCAAACACAUAACGUUCAAUACAUCCCUCAUUCUCAUGCACACCCACAUUUAUAUCAUCAAUCAUCACAACCACAUCAACAUCAUUCACAAACGCCUUAUAAUAAUUUAGCAUCUAUUGCUCAAUUUUCUAACAUGUUUUCAACAUCAUCCAAUGUCUAUUUAAAUUCUCAAUCACCAGCAGCGAGUUUAAAUACUCUAAAUACUGAUCAACAACAACAACACCUUCAGCGUUCAGUUUCAUCGUCGGUACCUACGACCACCACAUACAAUUUACCAAAUACUUUAAUUCGUCGUUUAUCCAAUAAUGACUCGGCUAAUUCUCAAAUAUUAUUAUCUGAUGCGCUAUCGGGCUUUGAUGCUGAACAUCAUGCAAGAGAAAUAACCAAUGGAAGAACGCCACGAUUAUCAUCGGCAUCCAUUUCGUCCUCGUCUUCUUGUUCAGACGCUCCAUCAUCACCAAAACGAACCAAAACCGAACAUGAAGUAGUAACAUAA